CUGCAAGACGAUCUGGCGUCCAUUCAACACUGGGUUGCUUCUCUGCUCGCGUACGCCAUCCUGUCGUCCUUUACACUCCCUCGUCAGCCUGCUACUACCAUCAGCGCCGCCACAGCCACUGCCCCAGCCAGCUCUCUAUCUCCAGUGGCCCCAACGAGUGACCUGCCUCGUUGGUGCUCGCCUGCCUGACUCUGGCCGACUGCAUGCGUAAGCCACCGUCGCCGCUGCUGCUCUACCCUGGUCCGCUUUGGUCUGGUCGACUGGUCCUGAAGCAACAGCAGCAGCAAACUGAAACGACGAGAUAGUGGUAAAUUGCGAAGAACGGCAGCCGACUCAAAGAACCGAGCAGCGAGCAGCCUCAUCGACGAAUUAUCACCCACCGACAACUGAACCGGCCAAGUCAUCCCUCUCGAGCUGUGAGAGUUUUGAGAAUUGCGUUAUAACGAUCAACUAUCGCCUGCAGCAGCAGCAGCAGCAGCAGCAGUGACGCUUUGUGAGGGUGAAGAAGAAUUGCUGGUUGACCGAGACACGUUGCGUUGUGUGCUUUGAGCGGUGGCAGCGGCUGCGCGACGGCAGCGCAGGUGGCGGAGGCGAUUCCGUCGAGAGAACAAAACCUAAAAGGAUUUCCGAGCCGCUGCUGCUACGAUUACUCCCUACAGGACGAUCGUGAAGUUGCGUGUACAGGAGUUGCGUCGUGAGUGACCGAUAAAUCGGGCGGAGCACACACGGCCGUGAACAGAGGCGUAAAGUGUGGGGCGACGUUUGCGUCAGUGAGGUCGUCGUAAUAGUGGAAGUUGGUACGCAAAGACUACGUUAAAACGCACAACGUUCAUUCAUCAGCCGUCGUUGUCGUACAGCCGACGAGUUCCAACGGCAGGAAGAAGCCAUGGCCGAUCGCGAGAAGCUCGUUCAGCUGGCGAAGCUAGCCGAACAUGCCGAAAGAUACGAUGAUAUGGCUAGCGCAAUGAAGGAGUUAACCGAAGGCAGUGCUACGGAGCUGUCUAAUGAAGAGCGGAAUCUUCUUUCGGUGGCCUAUAAGAACGUAGUAGGAGCUCGACGAUCCGCCUGGCGCGUAAUUUCCUCGAUUGAGGCAAAGACCUCACAGGCCAACCAGCAACAGAUCGCCGGAGAAUACAAACUCAAAGUCGAACAGGAACUGAAGGAUAUCUGCAAUCAGGUCCUUGCCCUUUUGGACGGUUUCCUCAUCCCAAAGUCUAGCUCGGCUGAGUCCAAGGUCUUCUACCUAAAAAUGAAAGGCGAUUAUUUCCGCUACCUUAGUGAGGUAGCACAACCUGCAAGCCGGGAGGAGGUGGUCAACAACUCGCAGACGGCGUAUCAGGAGGCCUUCGAAAUGGCCAAGAGUAAGAUGCAGCCGACCCACCCAAUAAGAUUGGGUUUGGCGUUGAACUUCUCUGUAUUCUACUAUGAAAUCCUGAACGCGCCGGAUCGGGCUUGCCACCUGGCGAAACAGGCGUUUGAUGACGCCAUCGCGGAGCUGGAUACGCUCAACGAGGAAUCGUAUAAAGACUCUACGCUUAUCAUGCAACUGCUUCGCGAUAACCUCACGCUGUGGACCUCUGAUACGCAGCAAGAAGAGGAGGCGCCUCCCGCCCAGUAGAGUACCUCAAGCACCUAUUCGACUUAAGGGGAUAGCCAGACAGAACGACGUUACCUAUACAGAGCCGAACUGAUCCGUAACUUACUCCUCCUUCGAUCCAAAAUCUCGUCAUACUGUAUCAAUAGAAUUUUUUUUCAGAUUCAGAUAGAGUGUAUGAAAUCAUCACAGCUAUUCCUUCGAAAAGUUAAACUUCAACGGGUCGUCUGUUUAUUUUGUUAGCAGCUGUCUUGGCAUUGGCGUCGUUCGCUUGCCGGGUAAGGGCCAAAAAAAAAAUAAUCUCUAAAACAAUAACUAUUUUCUAUACUUAAUUGUAUUCAAAAACGCUGCCCAUUUGAAACAUUAUAGGUCUCUAUUUAGAUAGGGCUUGUUAUCUCUUUGUUUUGUUCUUUAUUAUCAUAUGUGCGCCCAUUGUUUGAUAACGGCAUUGGAACGGUUAGAGCGAAAGGUUAAUUUCUUUCAGCUCCAUGUCUCGGUACUAAAUAUUCUAAAAAAAUAUUGAAGUAAUGCGCUGGAGUCCAGCUGUGACUGUAAGCGGCACGGAUACAAAAGCAGUCUUCUCAUAGGUUGAUAAAAAAAAUGGCGCAUAGUACGCGACCACGUACCUUUCAUUACCCUAUUUCUUCUUAAUUUGCUCCAUUUCAUCCACAGUACCUAGUCCCGUUAUCGUAUAUUAAGCACGCGCUAUAGGUCCAAGGUUGUUCCAACAUGUCGAAGACGACGACGACGACGAUGACAACAAUUCAAUAUUUCAAAACGUAGCCACAUAGAAGCCCCUGGUGAGGAAUACCGUACACAACAGCUGCACCGCAAUGCUCUUAGCAGAUACUUACGCGCACAUCAGAGUAACAAUAUGUGAGCAUACACCAUGCAGAGUGACUUGUUAUUGUCUGAUUUGCAUUCACAACACAGUCCAUUGAACCCGGUCCUGAGCAUACGUGUACCCAAGCCGGAGUGGUCUUCCGCCUACAGGGUUGACGCUGACAGCACGAGUUUCCGCCCCGAAUGUCAACAACGGCUAUUCAACUCACUGGGUGACUCAAUCGGCAUGUUUUGAUUGUCACAGUAAUCGAGAUGAUGACGAGUAAUUAUGAUAUUGUACUGUAGCAUACGACGACACGUAGGCCCAAAAAAAACAGCCCAAUGGGCUUUUUUCAGCGGUCACUGGUUGCGUCGAGCUCAUUUCCAGGCUACCGAAGUCCUAUACGGACAAGCGAUCUACAGGCAAAGAUCAUCGAAAACGACCUAGCUAAAGUAACCGGUGAAGAUCAACAGCCGAUAGAAAAAUUCGGACAUGAUCUAGAUCACUUUUAAAAGUGUCGCUCUAUUGUAGGCAUAAGUAAAAAGAUUUAAAUAGCUGCUACUUGUUAAUAGUAGUUGAAAAAGAUACAUGUAUGUAUUUGGCUAACCAAUCCUUGAUCAGGGCGCAGUGAUGAUGUCUGUUAUUCAGUUGACGAUGGAGAACGUACGUACGGUCCAAUUUCAGUCACUAAUUUAUUAUUGAAAUAAAAAUUAACGGUUUUAUUAUAGUCCUGUACGUUCAUAAACAUGUAAUUUUCACCGUUAGUAAAAACCUCUGGUGUGCCCCCAAAAAUAUCACCUGUUUUGAAAAAAACCCGUGAUUUUAUUCCGCUUUUACACACACAAACACACAGCAUUUUUUAAACGACACCAAUUAUGAGGAUGACAAUGAGGGAUACAAUCGAAAUAUGCGAAACCAUCUUGAACCUCUUCCAUACCAGGAUACAUUGACAGUAUACAUCAUUGCAUGCUGCUAUUAUUAUUAUAUUUAGAGAGAGAAACUAAGACAUGAUGCAUAUAUUCAUAUGCGCAUAUAUAUUAUAAUGAGUAUAGAGAGUUUGUUUAAGCGGGAGGCCGAACCUCUAUUGAGCUCGUUUAUAAUAGUAAUAACAGUACGAAGUAAUAGCUGAGCAGAGGAAUAGGAUAAAAAAACGAACGGAAGAGAUUACGAGCUGACUCUAGUCGCCGAUCUACCAGCAAGCAAUGUCUGCUUAAGCACGCUAUUUAAUACUUACUUUGAUUACUGGUACCUAACGCUGAGAUCUAUGAUUCACAGCAUCUCUCAUAAGAGCUAUCACAAAACACAGCAACCAAGCGACUUAGUGAUUACAAACCCCCGUACGGAAUUUCGCGUUGACUUAAGCACAGGACGUUUUCCUGGCAGGCAAUCCAAUACCGGUUUCAUAGAUCGCGUGAAAAAAACUAAGCAAAGAAAAACAACGAUCUUUAUCGUCAUGAACUACUACCGUCAUUCUUCCGCAAACUAAAGCCUCCAACGUCAACUAGUACCACUAUUACUACAAUUUACAACCAUUGAUAUUAUUAUUAUUAUUAUUAUAGUAUAAAUUAGCAGCUAGUUAGAGCGAGAGGGCGAAAGCGGGAGCGAAAGAGUGCGCGUGACAGGACGCAAGAAAGAUAUUCGUUCAAAAAUAACGACGUCGGCUAAAGACAUAAAGGUAAACAGGCAGAACGAACAUGUAAACAGAUUCACGGGCUAACAAGAACAGCACUGAUUGAUACCAAUCAAGUCGAAACUAGCAUGAAAAGUAACUAUAGGCAUAUUGAAGAAGCGGUGACGAACACAAGAUACAAAACUCACCGCGAUCAACAAUUACGGACCCCGAUUUUUCUAAACAAACGGAUCACCCUAACCAAGACUAAUGCAAUGGGCCGUUAAUACACUUCAAAAGAAAAAAGAAAUAGGCCAAAUUUCUCAAAACACUGAUAUUUCAAUGUAAGCCAUAAUCGUCUACUACCGCUGAUGCGCAGGGGACAAGGAAAUGUCCAAAGGAUAAUAAAUACAAGGCCAA